CAAUCAAAAAGCGUGUCUCGGAGAAUUGUCCCAAAAGGCAGAGAUCACCGCACCUCACCUCCCCCUUCAGAAAACGCAGAAGGGGCGUGAAGCUGUCGCGAUUCUCGUUGGCAAUUACAACCUAUAAAAGUGUGGCAAAAUAAACAAUUAAAUUAUAAUUCGUGACAGGAGAAAAAACGUUUAAAACAAUAAAGGGAAAACCAGUAAGGAGGUGCGCCAUCAUCAUCCAGUCCAAGCAGGAGGCAGGAAUAUAUAUCGCCAGCGGUCCAUGGGUCAAUAUCAUAAUCUGAGACGGCAACCGGAGCGGCAGACAAGUCGCCACAGGCAACAAGGAGCAGUUGGGGCAGCCAUAAAUCAAAGCGACGCAAUUUGCUGCUGACGAACUGCAACGCAACAGCAGCAACAUCAACGGCAACAAGAGCAACAACAGCAACAUCGGUGGUAGCAACAACUAUGCCAUUACUGCUGGCAACAACACUCGCCAACAAUUCCCAUCAUCAACACUUGAGCUCAACUUCAGCAGCAGUAGAAGCAGUAGAAGCAGCAACAGCAGCAGCAGCAGCAACCAUGUUGCUGACGUCGCAGACAGCAGCAACUCAUUGCCUUGCAACGGCAACAUCGGCGGCAGGUGUUAAUGUUCAAAUUACCGGCCAAGGCGUUUCAGCCACUCUAGUCAACGAUCAACUGCAACUGCCGGCAAUGGCAACAUCGGCGGCUAAUUAUGCCGCUAACGUUGGCCAUUUGAAUGGCUUUAACCCUAAAGACAACUGCCCACCAGUUCCACCCACCAAGGCGGCAUUUGAGGGAUUGCUCCGCCUGCCGCACAUCCAAGUCAAGCAGGAAUUCAUGGAGUCUCCCUCGGAGGGGCCCAGCUGCAGCCCCAUGCUCCACCAGCAGCAGGCGGCAGUCGCACCAUCAGCGCUGGCUACAAGCUGUCGUGGCAAAACAAUAUUAAAUCCCUGGUAUCUAAGGCCCGCCGAUGGCAUUGGAUAUCAUAAUUACAAUGGCAGGAGUGGAGAUGCAGGAGGAGAAGGGGAAAUCAACAAGGAUGUCGCCAUCCAGCAGAUGACUUCCUCAUGUGGCGAUGGCCAGACAUGUCUGCCACUCGCCUCGUAUUUUGGCAUGGAUACGCUGGCAUCUGUCAAACAGCGGCAGAAAUCCCUGCCAGACUUUCUAAUACCGCUGCACGAAAUUAUGUUCCAACAACAUCAUUACCAGCAAAGGACAAUGGGCACAUUAAUUAAUAGUCUGCCACCGGGAUUGGUGGGGGUGUAUCCACCGGCCAAAGCAGAGACGUUCAAGUCGUUAACCCCGCCGAAGGCAGCACAGCUCCACCAAAACCACCCGAACCAUCAGAGCCACCAAAACCACCAGCAUCACCAAAAUCACACUGGCGACCACUCGUUCGUCCGGCAUUUCCACGAACGGGAUCGCCUCAUUCGGGAGCACCAACUGAAGCAGCAGCAGUUGCGUGACGAGGAGGAGGAAGUCCUUCAGGAGCAGCAGCAGCAGGAGCAGGAGCAGCAGGAGGAGCAGGAGUGUCUGGUGGUGGAGCCGGGGAAGCCCCGGGUGGCUUCCUCUGAGCUGGAGCAUAACCAUCAUUGGCAUGGCGUCGUUUGCUCUGUCAAUGGCCAUGCCACCAAGCAGCUCCACCUUGCCCCACCGAAACUGGCAGUCGUGCCACCGCAGCAACCGCCAGCCGGGGAUGUCCUGCCACCGAACUCCACUUCCUGCUCCACCACGGUGGUGGUGGCACCACCCAACGAGCCAGGCAUUUACGAGCAGCCAGCUUCAAAUGGUCGACAUUGUCGUCCUGCCAACAAAGUUAUGCGGCACAUGUCCAACUCACCUACACCGCCCUCGCCGCUUCGAUCGCUAUCAGAUUGUGGAAAGAGCUUCGAGGAGGAGGAACUGGAGCUGGGCGAGAACAGCGAGAUGCCGCAGAACCUGAGCAGCAAGCGGCAGGCCAGGGAACUGGAUUCGGAGCUGGAGAACGAGGUUCUGGACUUGGCACCGCCACCCAAGAGAUUAGCAGAGGUUCAGCUAAAGGAGGAAAGGGAGGAGGAGCCGGUAGCCAAUGCCAUUCCACCACAACCCAUGGGUUUUGCUCCCGAGGAAAUGCAUCAAGCGCUGCAACUCCAACUUCAUAGUUACAUCGAAAUGGUGCGCCAACUGGCACCGGAGGCCUUUCCCAAUCCCAACCUGGCCACCCAGUUCCUGCUGCAGAACUCACUCCAAGCACUGGCGCAAUUUCAAGCUCUGCAGCAGAUGAAGCAGCAGCAAAGGGAGGAUCCCCUGCCCAACUACUCCACUCCGCUGGCGAAGUCACCGCUGAGGAGUCCCUCCUUGAGUCCCGUUCCCCGGCACAGCAAAUCCCAGCAGCGAACUCCACCCAACACCAUGAGUGCCAACUCCUUGGGAUUGAGCAGUGCUGUGAUGACUCCAAAUACUCCCAGCAUGCAGCAGCAACAGCUCCAGCAGAGUACUCCAAAGCCAACGAGUGGAAUCACAGUGGCCUCCGCCAUGGCAAAACUGGAGCAGUCGCCGGAGGAGACCACCGACUUGGAGGAGCUGGAGCAGUUCGCCAAGACCUUCAAGCAGCGCAGGAUCAAGCUGGGAUUCACUCAAGGAGAUGUGGGUCUGGCCAUGGGUAAACUCUACGGCAACGACUUCUCGCAAACCACAAUCUCCCGCUUCGAGGCUCUGAAUCUGAGCUUCAAGAACAUGUGCAAGCUGAAGCCGCUGCUGCAGAAAUGGCUGGAGGAUGCGGACACGAGUGUGGCCAAGUCGGGUGGCGGGGUAUUCAACAUCAACACGAUGACGAGCAGCUUGAGCAGCACACCGGAGAGUAUUUUGGGGCGCAGACGCAAGAAGCGCACCUCCAUUGAGACCACAGUGCGCACCACUCUGGAGAAGGCCUUCCUGAUGAACUGCAAGCCCACCUCGGAGGAGAUCAGCCAGCUGUCGGAGCGCCUCAACAUGGACAAGGAGGUGAUCCGCGUGUGGUUCUGCAAUCGCCGCCAGAAGGAGAAGCGCAUCAAUCCCUCGCUGGAUCUCGACAGUCCCACGGGAACUCCUUUGAGUAGUCACGCCUUCGGAUAUCCUCCCCAAGCUCUCAACAUGUCGCACAUGCAAAUGGAAGCUGGUUCGGGUUCCUUCUGCGGCAGCUCCAUCAGUUCCGGGGAAUAGGAUCAUCCGGAGCCAUCCUCCUGCAACUUGAACCCUGUAAAUAGUCAGCUUAUACUCCAAAAUCUUCCACGACAUUCCACAAGCCACUCUCUCCAUAUCAAAAGCAACAAUGCCAUGGAUGUGUUUAGUAACUAGGUGAUAGCCAGUCGUAUCAGAGAAAAUCCAUUACGAAUUUAUGAGUACAUAUAGUAUAGUUCCACACUACCUAUUCGUAUCUGUAUGCAUAUAGAAUCCUAGUUCCUAGUUCUAACUGUCCCCCGAAUGCCAUAUGUGUAUCUGUUGUGUCCCUAUAUCCACUACGCUAUAGGAUUCGAUUCCAUUCGACUCGAUUCGAUUCCCCCUAGUUGUAUUUAUCGUGUAUUGACCUAGAUGUGUAUGUGUAACGAUGUUGUUGUACGAUGUCCAAUUGUAAAUUGAUCUUGAACGCACUUAGAUCUUACAUCCAAAAAUUUCAAUAAAAUUAUUCCGAUAAAUAAUUUAUAAA